GCUCCACACCUACAACUUCUUCCCUCUCUCCCUGUCUCUCUCUUGCCUCCAUUGGGCAAGCUGCCGGGCCGCGUGGCUAGCUAGCCCCGUGGUGUGUGCGGUGAGGCAUAGGGAGAGAUGAUGUCGAGGGAACGCAAGAAGCAGGCGGCUGCCGCUCUUCAGGAGAAGCUGAAGAUCCUCCGCUCCAUCACCCACUCCCACGCUCUGAGCGACGCAUCCAUAAUCAUGGACGCGUCGGCGUACAUCAAGGAGCUGAAGCAGAAGGUGGUGAGGCUGAACCAGGAGAUCGCCUGCGCGCAGGACGCGCUGAGACACGGCUCCUCCUACCCGACGGUGACCGUGGAAACCCUAGUGGGCGGGCACGGCGGGUUCCUCAUCAACGUCUUCUCCGACAAGAGCUGCCCGGGGCUGCUCGUUUCCGUGCUCGAGGCCUUCGACGAGCUGGGGCUCAGCGUCCUCCAGGCCACCGCGUCCUGCGCCGACUCCUUCCGCCUCGAGGCCGUGGGUGGGGAGAACGUGGACGAGGACGUUGUGAAGCAGGCCGUGCUGCAGGCCAUCAGGAGCUGCUCCGAGAGCGGCAGCGAGCAGGACGAGGAGUAGGCGGAGCUAGCUAGCGCGUAAGCCCCACGCGCCGCCUCGUCGUCCGAUCCUCCCGUCCUGGAGCGUCUCAGGAAGCCGAGAUCGCUCUACUUCUCCCCCGUUUCCUCCCCUCUAUUUUUGGCUUCUAUAUUUCCUCUUAUCUCUGGCGAGAUCAAUUAGUAGUUGCUCCCUAGUGCGGCUGAUGAUGAUCCGGUGAAUGAAUUCGUAGCGGCACCAUUAAUUUCCUGUGUAAUAGUACUAUGUAUAUAUGUCUACGACAAUAAGCAAGCAUGUAAGAAUGAUGGGAGGUUGGAAGCAAAGCUGAACGGAGCUGGCAUUCAACCGCCCUUCCAAAUGUAUUAAUAUUGA